AUGACUGACUAUUUAAAAGCAGUAAUUGAAACUUAAUUAAUUGGUGCAUUUAGAGUAGCUGUAACAUUACCACUAGAGCAUGUGUUAGAUAGAAUAAAAACAUAUAAAUAAUCUAGAUAAGGGAUUACUUAUUUAUAAGUAUAAGAUUAAAUUUGUAUUAAAGAGUUUUAAAGAAAUCAUGGGAGCACGUGGAUAUAUAGGUUUAUAUGAUGGAUUCUAUCCAAAUUUCUUAAGAUCAAUGUUCAAAUAAUAUUAUAGAUGGCCAAUGAUGAUUUUCAUACCAUAAUUCCUGAAAAACUAUAUUCAUGAUUAUUCUUUGAAUAAGAUUUUAACUGGAGUUUCAAUAGGGAUAUUUGAAAGUUGUAUAAUAACACCAUUUGAAAGAUUGAAAAUACUAAAAAUGACAAAUAUGGCAGUAGGAUUUGGAUAUUUGAAAUAUAUUACAUUUGACUAAAUUUAUGUUGGUUUCAGAAUAUUAACAACAAGAUAGAUAGUUUCUUGGACAAACUAUCUUUAUUGGGAUCAUAAGAUACGUUAUGCAUUGAAAACAGAUGCAAGUUCAAGAUUAAGUUUUUGGAAUGUGAUAGUAGCAUCAACAUUAACAAGUUUGUUGAAUAUAAUGGCAGGUAAUUAUAAUAAUAAUAAUUAGUACAUCCAUUUGAUACAAUCAAAACUUUGGUGUAAAUGGAAGCCAAUUAAAUUUAUAGUAAAAUAUCAGUAACUGAAAGUUUUAAGUUAGUUUUUAAGAAAUAUGGGAUAUCUGGAUUGUAUGCUGGUUGGUAAGCAAGAAUUAUAGGAUACUUUUGUUAAGCAGCAUUAACAACACCAACAAUAGAUUAUUUGGAAAGAAAUUAUGGAAUUGCAAAAUAAUGA